AUGCAAGGAUUUUUGGAUAUCUCUGGAAUUCAUUCUAAAGAAAAGACUAUGCUACUUGAUAUUUCAGCAAUACCCUUAAAGGAGGAUCACUUAGAUGAUGAACUAACACAUUAAUAGUUAAUGAUUUUACAAUCUUAAGAGGCUAUUAGAGAAAAAGACAAUGAUAAAGAUAUUACAAAAAAUGCCAGAUAACUGAAAAAAAAAGUAAUUAGUUCUUUAGAAAAUUAUUCAUUAAUGUUAACUAUCAAGGAUAGUUCAAUAAAGAAAGUCAUUAAGAAUGAUUUAUAGAUAAUCAAUUAAGAAUAUUAAGAAUUAUUAUCCAUUGUUGAUGAGGUCGAAUCUAUUUCCAAAGAAGUUCAGAUGAUAAUUAAGUUGGUAAGAGAGUUUUUAGAGAAAAUUAGUGUUAAAUCAAAUGAAAAAAGAGAAAUAUAGUACUCUAAAACUAUGUCAGAAAAAUUUUAGAGAUGUCCCGUAAGAGCUAAUACUAUAUAAGGUCAUUCUUAUUAUUGGAACCAAAAAUAAAGAUUAUUUCCAUCAUAACAAUUAGAAUAAUAAUAACAACUAAGCAAUAACUCUUAUGAAUCAGAUGAAAGCACAGCUGUCUCAAAUAAAAAAUUAAGUGCUUUAAAUAAUAAGAUAUAUACUUUGAUUUAAAAAUUAUAUUAGAAUGACCAGUAUUAAAGAAUAACUCAUUAUGCUUAAGAAAUACUGAAUAACUCUGAAAAUAUGGAAACUUUGAAAUUGCUACGAUAAUUAUCUAAAUAGUUUGAAGAACCAGAAGUUAAAAAAAUAGUCAAAGCUUGUUAUUUGAAAUCUCUCAUUUAGGAGUAACCUUAGAAUAAUACUUCUAAAAGAGAAUUCUAUGAUUUAGUGAUUAAAAUUAAAAGUUCAGUCCCAAAAAAUAAUAAAAUACAUUCAAUGAUGAUAAGCUCUUUAUAUGAUGAUUUAAUACAAAAAGGAGUGCCAAAUACUGAAUGGGAAGCCUAUAUGAAAUAAUUAUGCAAUUGA